AUGAAGACUUCAUUCCUCCUGGGAUUAGUGUCCCUACACAUCAUAAACUUGACUAAUGUUGGCGCCGUAUUCAUCAAAAAAGAAAACACUUCACGAACUGUCAAUGUCAAUCCUCGUGCUCUCCCGGAUGCACCAAAUGGCUAUGCUCCUAUCCAUGUUACCUGUCCGUCGAGCCGACCUACAAUUCGGCCUGCUUCCACAUUGUCCUCCGACGAGACGGCAUGGCUCAAAGUUCGAAAUGAGAAGACCAAGUCCGCCCUAAAAGACUUCUUUGGCCACGUCGAAAUUGACAACUUCGAUGCUGUGAGUUACAUUGAGAAACACUCUGGCAGCAACUUACCUAAAGUAGCGAUUGGCAUCUCGGGUGGUGGUCUUGUCGCGUGUCUAAAUGGAGGAGGCGUUAUUAAAGCCUUUGAUGAACGCACCAAAGGAUCAACUGCCAAAGGCCAACUCGGAGGUUUGCUGCAGUCAUCUACUUAUUUUGCUGCCCUCAGCGGUGGCUCUUGGGCUCUCGGUUCUAUUUAUGUCAAUAACUUUACGACAGUCUCUAAUUUACAGGAGAACCUUUGGGAUUUCAAUUCUGAUGAAAUUAUAUAUGGUCCUACCAAAAUUCCACAUAUCGAAUUUUGGGGAAACAUCUCGGCCGAUGUUAAAAGCAAGCGGGAGGCUGGAUUUAAGACUGGCGACGCAGAUUUCUGGGGCCGGAUUCAGGGCUACAACUUCUUCAAUGCUAGCCAUGGUGGUGUUGACUACACCUGGUCCUCUAUUUCAAAGACCCAGUCCUUCCAGAGUGGUGAUAUUCCAAUGCCUCUGGUGGUUAUGACUGGAAAUCUUAAAGGUACUGAGACCUUGUCAAGCUCCCCAGCGAGAUAUCCAAUCUACGAGACUACACCUUGGGAAUGGGGUACCUAUGAUGCAGGUAUCUACGGGUUCGCGCCCCUGGAAUAUCUUGGUACUCGAUUUGUCGACGGUGUAGUGCCAGACAACGAAACCUGCGUUCAUGGCUUCGACAAUGCAGGUUUCAUUACAGGCUCAUCAAGCGAUAUAUGGAACGAGGACGGACAAGACAUUCUUUACUACUUAGGGGUAGCUCUAGAAGGCUACGAAGCAGCCAUGCCAAACUCGACCAUGGUGACUUUUUUGAGAACCGCUAUCAAGGAUUUCGACAAUGCCGCCAGCUCCACCAACUCAAGCAUCAACGGACCGGCAGCCUACGACCCGAACCCCUUCUAUCAAUUCAACAAAGCCACCUCACCCUUCACACAAACUACUGAUCUUAUCGUCCAAGACGGAGGUGAGACCAGCCAGAAUGUCCCAUUGUAUCCUCUUAUCCAACAAAAGCGGAACGUGGACGUCAUCUUCGCCGUCGACUCACUCGGCUCCAAGUCUUACGACUAUUGGCCGACAGGCUCAUCUUUGAUUGCCACCUACAACCGUACCCUCCUCAACGUCGCAAACGAUACCUCUUUCCCUGAGAUUCCAGACCUCGACACAUUUCUCAACCUCGGUCUGAAUGCUCGUCCGACUUUCUUCGGCUGCAAUGCCUCUAGUCUGAAAACGCCGACACCGUUAAUUGUUUACCUGCCUAACCAUCCUAUCACCUAUAGCUCCAACUUCUCGCUUACGAAGGGUCAAUUUACCGAUGCUCAGCGUGAUGCUAUUAUCAACAAUGGUUAUAAUAUUGCAACGCAGGCGAAUGGCACUCUAGAUGAGGACUGGUCGACUUGUGUGGGCUGUGCAGUUCUCAAUCGCUCGUUCAAUCGCACUGGUACUCCUGCCCCUAAAGCCUGUAUGAGCUGCUUCCAUCGCUAUUGUUGGAAUGGGACCGUCGAUGAUCAAACUCCGGUCGCUUACGAGCCAACAGCUUCUUUGGGAGCUGUCGAGUCGGCUCAGGCGACUGGAUCGGCGGCUGUUUAUAGCAUUGGUACCUCGCUGAGUACGAGUGUAUUUUCUACCGUAGGUAUUGUGGGAAUGAUCGUAUUUAUGGUGAUUUAA